CCAUCACCAUCACCGAGCAGCCAGUGUCCGUCUCCGUCCCCGUGGGAUACUCCUUCAGCCUGCGGUGCAGAGCCGAGGGACGCACCUCGCUGCAGUACCAGUGGUUCUGUCAGCACCAGUCUGUCUGCCGCCCAAUUCCUGGUGCCACCAAGCAAGACUUGCCCAUCACUGCCCAGCAGACCCAGCUCUACACCUGCAGAGUCAAUGACGUCUACAAAAAUGCCGUCUUCUCUGACUGGGUGAAGGUGGAGGUCCAUCAGUGUGUUGCCAGAGGACUGCCCCCUCAGCUCUGGCGAGGAGAACCGGUAAUUGUCCUCAACCCCACCGAGCAGCGGGUGGAGGGGGGGAAGCCACUACAGCUGCAGUGUGCUGCCAUGGGGGUCCCAGCCCCCACCUACCAGUGGUACCGGAAUGGGAACUUGCUGGAACACCAGAAGAAAAAAAAACUCUGGAUCACCCAUGCAAAGGUCAGUGACUCUGGCACGUACCUCUGCUGUGCCUCCAAUAGCCAUGGAGAGCACUGGACCAACGCCGUGGAUAUUCACAUAGGUACAUGUCACUCUGAAAAGUAUUUUGCUACAGGCAAGAUAGCACUUUUAGUGGGCAACAACCGCUACCAGCAUCAUCCCAACCUCAUGGCUCCUGUCACAGAUGUGUUUGAGCUGAGUCUUCUUCUGAAGCAGCUGGGCUUCCAGGUCGUCUCCCUUCUGGAUCUGAACAAGGCUGAGAUGGCAACAGCAGUCAGUCAAUUCCUGCAGCUCCUGGGGAAGGGAGUCUACGCCGUAUUCUACUACGCUGGUCAUGGGUACGAACAUUCAGGGAGGAACUACAUGGUCCCCGUUGACGCUCCACAACCCUAUGCCCCUGAGAACUGCAUCAGUGUGCAGAGGAUCCUCCAGAAGAUGCAGCAGCAGCAGACGGCCCUGAACCUCAUCCUGCUGGACACCUGUAGGAAAUGGUACAACCCGCAGUGUGCCCUCUCCCAGGUACAGCCGCUGCAGCCCUGGGGCAAUACCGUGUAUGGCUACGCCACGAGUGAAGAUGCAGAAGCCUAUGAGUUGCAGGACGGGGAGUUCAGCUCUGGGAUCUUCAUGAAAUACCUAAAGAAACAUAUUCUGCAGGAGAAGAAGGUUACACACAUGCUGGAGGAUGUGUUAGAAGACAUCGGCCGGGAUCCCUUAGUCACGGGGAAGCAGGUGAUGGAGAUCAAACACACUCUGAAGGAAUCCCGGUCCCUGACAGACCCCAUCUGCCCUUUGGGAGCAGCUGCCGAGACCUGGGGACACGGCCACGAGCCCCUGAGCAAAAUGGUGACCUUCCCCUGCGGGGCACGGGUGGAGCUCCACUUCCACCGGCUCUUCUCCAACGUGAUGUAUGUGUGUGCCAAGCUACAGCCACCCCCAGCUCACGUCACUGACGCCUGCCUCCUGCUCUGCCAGCCCACCGAGAUGGACAGUACGACCAUCCUGAAAGAGAGCCACCUGGACCAAGUGGAGUCUCUGCUCACCUCUGUGUGCAAGCGGGAGGAGCUGGACUGUGCCUUCCAGCUCUGUGGACUACAGAAAAUUCAGACAGACGUGGUCUUGCAGUUGGAUUUGCAUUACACCCAGCGGAGCACAAAGCAGAGGACUUGUGAAAGCCUGCGGACAACCCUCCAAAAAUCUCUGCUUGGGCAGUUUUUCAGCCAGAGGAAUUACUCCCAGCCAAACUACCAGAGAACUCCUGCCUGUGCAGACCUGAAGGGGCAAGCAUCUCUGAGGACAGGCUCUGGCCACAGCUUGCCCAGCAGCAACCCCUCUGACUCCAGCAGCACUCCGGAGGAGAACGAUGAGAGCGACCUGAGCGAGCUCUGCUCGGCACUGCUCCGGGCUGGUCCAGGGCAGGACUGCCCCUGA